AUGGCGAAACUCAAUCUGGCAAAUUUAGGGGGAAUUAAUUUGAGGCCUCGCUUGUCAUUGAAGCAAGCUUUGCCAGAGGAUCCUGAAGAAGUGUGCAGGCCUUGGCGCAAGAAGAUAUUUUUUCUUUCUCCACAUUCCAUUAUAAUGAAUUUCAAAUUCAGCUGGAUUUCACUUUUGAAAAUCAUUUUACUCGUGGGGCUGAUUGGGGCUAUUGCGACAGCUUGUUUAACUCUCCCGAUUGAAAAGAUAUUGAAGGACUUCUUAAUAUGGAUAGAGAAAGAUCUUGGUCCCUGGGGUCCUAUAGUACUAGCUGUUGCAUACAUUCCUUUAACAGUGUUGGCAGUUCCAGCAUCAAUACUAACACUGGGUGGCGGCUAUCUCUUUGGCUUGCCUGUGGGGCUUGUUGCUGAUUCUAUUGGUGCAACAAUAGGUGCUGGCGCUGCUUUUCUUCUUGGACGAACGAUAGGAAGGUCAUAUGUUAUUUCCAAGUUACGGGACUAUCCCAAGUUCCGUGCAGUUGCUAUUGCGACUCACAGAUCGGGAUUCAAGAUUGUCUUGUUGCUUAGGCUGGUUCCUUUACUUCCCUUUAACAUGUUGAACUAUCUCUUGUCUGUCACAUCUGUGCCUAUAACUCAGUAUAUGCUGGCUUCAUGGUUGGGCAUGAUGCCCAUUACAUUUGCGCUGGUCUAUGUUGGAACGACUCUGAAAGAUCUAUCAGAUGUUACACAUGGAUGGCACGAUUUUUCAAAAACCCGCUGGGCAUUUAUUGUGUUGGGCCUUGUGGUGUCUGUUAUGUUACUAUUUAGUGUUAUGAGAGUUGCAAAGGCUGCUUUAGAGAAGGCAUUGGCUGAAAACGAGUGCGUGGAUUUGGACGGGAGUAUCUUUUCACCACAGCUACCGGUUACGGCUAUCCCUGCCGUCAAUCUCAACGAGCCACUUAUAAUUCAGAUUGAUGCCAAUCAAGACAAUCACGAAAAAUAAUUCAUUUUUACGUGUAAAUUCUCGACUGAGUCCUUUGCUCGUUUUUUUUUAGCAAACUUUCAUCUGAGGGGUACUUGACAUUUCUUAUGUAUAGCCAGGAUAGUUAAUGCAAAAGGUUUCUCUCUUGGUGCAGAGAAGUUUUUUAACUUUUAUAUGUAAUUUGUGGUGAUAAGUCCCGAAUUGACACAAGUGAAUGAGUUUGAUAAAAACUUCAUAGCUACGAGGGGAAGUUCAUAAUGAAUGGUCCUGCAAAAAUUACAAUACAAAUUUUUGUGUGAGGUGAUCUAAUCGUUAGGCGGAUCGAUCCGUCAUAUUUGUUUGACAAAAAUGUAUAUUUAUCCUAGGAAAUACCCUACUUUCUUGUUUUUUAGAGUG